GGUAACAGUCAUGUCUAAACUUUUUUGGCAUUUAAUCCUAAUGUCACAUAGUAUUUUAAUGUUAUUAAGCCCCCAUUUUCACUGUACAACCGUAGAAAAGAAUUAAAAACAAAAAUAUCUGAACCCAACUAGAAACACUGUACAUAACUAAACCGCAUAACUAAACCGUACAUGGAAUAGUACAUCGUUACGCUGACAAUGGUAUUUUGGUCAGAAUUUGGCUUAAUUGCCAAAAUGUGAGAGAUGAAACUCACUUUGCCAAACCGUAAAAAUAAAACAUGUUCUUCUGCCCUGCCCUGCAAUUAACCCUUAUUCUUAUGCAUGACCAAUUCUGGACUUGUUGUUUGGAACCCUUAUUUGGGACAAACAAAGUGGAUCCAACCCAGAAAUUCUUACCACAAAUGGGACAGGUACGCUCUCGGAUACGAGACCAACAAGAAUUACUCGAAAGUCUUGAGAUUUUUUAAUAAUCACGACCCGAACGUGAAUCACCGAAUUUGUGAGUUUGAAAUCUACUCUAAUUCUUCAUGGAAGGUUCUUGUUGAUAUCAAUCUGGACUGGGCUAUAUCGUUUAAUCACCGUGGCUUGUCUCUAAAGGGCAACACUUAUUGGUAUGCUCGACAGAAGAUCGACUUAGAUGGUCCUCCUCCAGUCAUAAGAGAUCUCCCUGGUUUCCUACUCUCUUUUGAUUUUACGACCGAGAGUUUUGGACCGCUUCUGCCUCUGCCUUUCCUCGCUUUCUUUGGAGAUACUGUCACUCUUUCUAGUGUUAGAGAAGAGCAGCUUGCCGUGCUCUUUCAGAAAUCCGGUGUGCCUGGAUACACCGUCAAGAUAUGGAUUAGUACUAAGAUUGAGCCCAAUGCAGUGUCGUGGGGAAGCAGCUUGUUCUUAGCUGUUGAUAUGAAACCACUCACUGGUUUUCGCGCUAGCAGUUUCUUUGUUGAUGAGGAGAAGAACGUCGCUGUGGUUCUUGAUAAAGACAGAAGUAAAUCUCGUAACAUUGCUUACAUCAUUGGAAAGAAUGGAUACUUGAAACAAGUGGAUCUUGGCGAAUCUAGAAACCAAUUCUGUUACCCACUUGUGUGCUCUUAUGUUCCAAGCUCUCUGCAAAUCCAGCAACCUGAAUCACUAGGCAACACCCUAAUCUAUUAAGUUCGUAUUAUCAUGGUUUGGUUUAUCGUCUUCGAAUAUUUCUUUGAAUUUGUAUCUCGGCAAGUGUUGGUUUCUUAUCAUGGCUUCUGUUUUCUUCUUAAUUAGCUGAAAAGAAGAAAAGUAUCGCCCUUCUCUAAACUCUUCUCUAGCCUCUUAUAUAGAUUCUACUGACCUAAUCUGUCUUGUCUAUAUAUAUGUGUUUGGUGGCUGUGCCAAGAACUCUAUUUUUGGCCAGACUUGAUUAACUUGUUGGAGGACAAAGCUAUAACGCUGCAACUAUUCUAAGGAUGUUUAUCCAUUCUUCAUGAACUUUCUUGCUUCUC